UCAGGUAUGAACAGGAAGAGGUUAAAAUCCAGCUGGAAUGGACCUAGGGAAAGAAAUUCUCAAGUUUUCCUACAGACUGCGUACUGGGUCUCUUUUUCUUUAGGGAUCCAGGAUCUGGGUGGCUGCAGGGAGCGAGUGCUGAGGCUGCCGGCCCCUGCACCCCUGUCAGGUGGUUCCCGGCGGCUCUGGUGUUCACCUGCAGGGGGCGCCGCAAAGGACAGAGGACCCUCCCACCCCGCGCGGCGGCUGCGUCCCGUUCCCACCCUCGGGAAGCUCCUGCUCUAUAAAGCUAGGCGUCGGAGUUGUACAGAGAGAUUCGGACCGCCCCAGCCUGGGACCAGUGCCUGAUCUGAGCUCUCCGCCCUUUUUCCUCGCGCUAGCCCCCAGUAGCAGAUCUGGGACCACCAAGCACCAUGGCACAGAAAGGGCAACUCAGUGAUGAUGAGAAGUUCCUCUUUGUGGACAAAAACUUCAUGAACAGCCCAAUGGCCCAGGCUGACUGGGUAGCCAAGAAGCUGGUAUGGGUCCCUUCAGAGAAGCAGGGCUUUGAGGCAGCCAGCAUUAAGGAGGAAAAGGGUGAUGAGGUAGUUGUGGAGCUGGUGGAAAAUGGCAAGAAGGUCACAGUGGGUAAAGAUGACAUCCAGAAAAUGAACCCGCCUAAGUUCUCCAAGGUGGAAGACAUGGCAGAGCUGACAUGCCUCAAUGAGGCUUCUGUGCUGCACAACCUGAGGGAGCGAUACUUCUCGGGACUAAUCUAUACCUACUCUGGCCUCUUCUGUGUUGUAGUCAACCCCUACAAACACCUACCCAUUUACUCAGAGAAGAUCGUGGACAUGUACAAAGGCAAGAAGAGGCAUGAGAUGCCGCCCCACAUCUAUGCCAUUGCUGACACAGCCUACAGAAGCAUGCUACAAGAUCGUGAGGAUCAGUCCAUUCUGUGCACAGGUGAGUCUGGAGCUGGAAAGACAGAGAACACGAAGAAAGUCAUCCAAUAUCUGGCUGUUGUAGCAUCCUCCCACAAGGGCAAGAAAGACAGCAGUAUCACGCAAGGCCCAUCUCUUGCCUACGGGGAGCUGGAAAAGCAGCUUCUACAGGCGAACCCAAUCCUGGAGGCUUUCGGCAAUGCAAAAACUGUCAAGAACGACAACUCUUCUCGCUUUGGCAAGUUCAUUCGCAUCAACUUCGAUGUCACUGGUUACAUUGUGGGUGCCAACAUUGAAACAUAUCUUCUGGAAAAAUCACGAGCAAUUCGACAGGCCAGGGACGAGAGAACAUUCCACAUCUUUUACUAUCUGAUCGCUGGAGCCAAGGAAAAGAUGAAAAGUGACCUGCUUUUGGAGAGCUUCAACAGCUACACAUUUUUAUCCAAUGGCUUUGUGCCCAUACCAGCUGCACAAGAUGAUGAGAUGUUCCAGGAGACGCUGGAGGCCAUGUCCAUCAUGGGCUUCAGUGAAGAAGAACAGCUAGCCAUCUUGAAGGUGGUAUCAUCUGUCCUUCAGCUUGGAAACAUUGUCUUCAAGAAGGAACGGAACACAGACCAGGCAUCCAUGCCUGAUAAUACAGCUGCUCAGAAAGUGUGCCACCUUGUGGGGAUUAACGUGACAGAUUUCACCAGAGCCAUCCUGACCCCACGUAUCAAAGUUGGACGGGAUGUGGUACAGAAAGCUCAGACCAAAGAACAGGCUGACUUUGCCAUCGAAGCCUUAGCCAAGGCCACCUACGAGCGCCUUUUCCGAUGGAUUCUCAGCCGUGUGAAUAAAGCCUUAGACAAGACCCAUCGGCAGGGGGCAUCCUUCCUGGGCAUUCUGGAUAUUGCUGGAUUUGAGAUCUUUGAGGUAAACUCCUUUGAGCAACUGUGCAUCAACUACACCAAUGAGAAGCUGCAGCAGCUGUUCAACCACACCAUGUUCAUCCUGGAGCAGGAAGAAUACCAAAGAGAGGGCAUUGAGUGGAACUUCAUCGACUUUGGCCUGGACCUGCAGCCUUGUAUUGAGCUGAUUGAGCGGCCAAACAACCCUCCGGGUGUGCUAGCCCUGCUGGAUGAAGAAUGCUGGUUCCCCAAAGCUACGGACAAGUCUUUUGUGGAGAAGCUGUGUUCAGAGCAGGGCAAUCACCCCAAAUUUCAAAAGCCUAAGCAGCUAAAGGACAAAACAGAGUUCUCCAUCAUCCACUAUGCUGGGAAGGUGGACUAUAAUGCAAGUGCCUGGCUAACCAAGAAUAUGGACCCGCUAAAUGACAACGUGACCUCACUCCUCAAUGCCUCCUCUGACAAAUUUGUGGCUGACCUGUGGAAGGAUGUGGACCGCAUUGUGGGGCUGGACCAGAUGGCCAAGAUGACUGAAAGCUCACUGCCCAGUGCCUCCAAGACCAAGAAGGGCAUGUUCCGCACCGUGGGCCAGCUCUACAAAGAACAGCUGGGGAAGCUGAUGACUACACUUCGCAACACCACACCUAACUUUGUGCGCUGUAUCAUCCCCAACCAUGAGAAGAGGUCUGGCAAGCUGGAUGCAUUUCUGGUGCUGGAGCAGCUGCGGUGUAACGGUGUGUUGGAAGGCAUCCGCAUCUGCCGGCAGGGCUUCCCCAACAGGAUUGUCUUCCAAGAGUUCCGGCAACGCUAUGAGAUCCUGGCAGCGAAUGCCAUCCCCAAAGGCUUCAUGGAUGGAAAGCAAGCCUGCAUUCUCAUGAUCAAAGCCCUUGAACUUGACCCCAAUCUGUACAGGAUUGGGCAGAGCAAAAUCUUCUUCCGUACGGGGGUCCUGGCCCACCUGGAGGAGGAACGAGACCUGAAGAUUACUGAUGUCAUCAUGGCUUUCCAGGCGAUGUGUCGUGGCUAUCUGGCCAGAAAGGCCUUUACCAAGAGACAGCAACAGUUGACAGCCAUGAAGGUGAUCCAGAGGAAUUGUGCUGCGUACCUCAAGCUCCGCAACUGGCAAUGGUGGAGGCUCUUCACUAAAGUAAAGCCAUUGCUCCAGGUGACAAGGCAAGAGGAAGAGAUGCAGGCCAAGGAGGAAGAGAUGCAGAAGAUCAAAGAGCGGCAGCAGAAGGCAGAGAGUGAGCUGAAGGAGCUGGAGCAGAGGCACACGCAGCUGGCCGAGGAGAAGACCCUGCUGCAGGAGCAGUUGCAAGCAGAGACAGAGCUGUAUGCUGAGGCUGAGGAGAUGCGGGUCCGGUUGGCAGCUAAGAAGCAGGAACUGGAGGAGAUCCUCCAUGAGAUGGAGGCCCGCCUGGAGGAAGAGGAGGAUCGGGGCCAGCAACUGCAGGCUGAGAGGAAGAAGAUGGCUCAGCAGAUGCUGGACCUGGAGGAGCAGCUAGAGGAGGAGGAGGCUGCCAGACAGAAACUACAGCUAGAAAAGGUCACGGCUGAGGCUAAGAUCAAGAAACUGGAAGACGACAUCUUGCUGAUGGAUGAUCAGAAUAACAAGCUUUCAAAAGAGCGAAAACUCCUUGAAGAGAGGGUCAGCGAUUUGACAACCAACCUAGCAGAAGAGGAAGAAAAGGCUAAAAACCUCACAAAGCUGAAGAGCAAGCAUGAAUCCAUGAUCUCAGAGCUGGAGGUGAGGCUGAAGAAAGAAGAGAAGAGCCGGCAAGAGCUGGAAAAACUGAAGAGGAAACUGGAGGGUGACGCCAGUGAUUUCCAUGAACAGAUCGCUGACCUGCAGGCACAGAUUGCAGAGCUCAAGAUGCAGCUGGCAAAGAAAGAGGAGGAGCUGCAGGCAGCCCUAGCUAGGCUUGAUGAAGAAAUUGCCCAGAAAAACAAUGCCCUAAAGAAGAUUCGAGAGCUGGAGGGCCAUGUCUCAGACCUACAGGAGGACCUGGACUCAGAGCGGGCUGCCAGGAACAAGGCUGAGAAGCAGAAGCGAGACCUAGGGGAAGAGCUGGAGGCACUAAAGACAGAGCUGGAGGAUACACUGGACAGCACAGCCACCCAACAGGAACUCAGAGCCAAGAGGGAACAGGAGGUGACAGUGCUGAAGAAGGCCCUGGAUGAGGAAACACGAUCUCAUGAGGCCCAGAUCCAGGAGAUGAGGCAGAAGCACACACAAGCAGUAGAGGAACUCACGGAGCAGCUGGAGCAGUUCAAAAGGGCCAAGGCAAACUUGGACAAGAGCAAGCAGACCCUGGAGAAGGAAAAUGCGGAUCUUACUGGGGAGCUUCGUGUCCUGGGCCAGGCAAAGCAGGAGGUGGAACACAAGAAAAAGAAGCUGGAGGUGCAGCUUCAGGAGCUACAGUCCAAGUGCAGUGAUGGGGAGCGUGCCCGGGCUGAGCUCAGUGACAAGGUCCACAAACUGCAGAAUGAAGUGGAGAGUGUCACAGGCAUGCUCAACGAGGCAGAGGGCAAAGCCAUCAAACUAGCCAAGGAUGUGGCAUCCCUUGGGUCCCAGCUUCAGGAUACCCAAGAACUACUUCAAGAAGAAACCCGGCAGAAGCUCAAUGUGUCCACUAAGGUUCGUCAGUUGGAAGAUGAGAGGAACAGCCUGCAGGACCAACUAGAUGAGGAGAUGGAGGCUAAGCAAAACCUGGAGCGCCAUGUCUCCACCCUGAAUGUUCAGCUCUCUGAUGCAAAGAAGAAGCUGCAGGACUUCACAAGCACCAUUGAGGCCAUGGAGGAGGGAAAGAAGAGGAUGCAGAAGGAGAUGGAGGGCCUCAGCCAGCAGUAUGAGGAAAAGGCUGCCGCCUAUGACAAACUGGAGAAAACUAAGAACAGGCUUCAGCAGGAGUUGGACGACUUGGCUGUGGACUUGGACAACCAGCGGCAACUGGUAUCCAACCUGGAAAAGAAGCAGAAGAAAUUUGAUCAGUUGUUAGCUGAGGAGAAGAACAUCUCUUCCAAAUAUGCGGAUGAGAGGGACCGAGCUGAAGCAGAAGCCAGGGAAAAGGAAACAAAGGCGUUGUCCCUGGCCCGGGCUCUGGAGGAGGCCCUGGAAGCCAAAGAGGAGCUGGAGAGGACCAACAAGAUGCUCAAAGCUGAGAUGGAAGAUCUGGUCAGCUCCAAGGAUGACGUGGGCAAGAAUGUACAUGAGCUAGAGAAGUCAAAGCGUGCGUUGGAGACCCAGAUGGAAGAGAUGAAAACCCAGUUGGAGGAGCUGGAGGAUGAGCUGCAGGCCACUGAGGAUGCCAAGUUGCGGCUGGAGGUCAACAUGCAGGCCCUCAAGGGCCAGUUUGAACGAGAUCUCCAGGCUCGAGAUGAGCAAAAUGAGGAGAAGAGGAGGCAGCUACAACGGCAGCUGCAUGAGUAUGAGACAGAACUGGAAGAUGAACGGAAGCAGAGGGCUUUGGCAGCAGCAGCCAAAAAGAAGCUGGAAGGAGACCUGAAAGACCUGGAGCUCCAGGCUGACUCAGCCAUCAAAGGGAGGGAGGAAGCCAUCAAGCAGCUUCGAAAACUGCAGGCUCAGAUGAAGGACUUCCAGAGAGAGCUGGAUGAUGCCCGAGCCUCCAGAGAUGAGAUCUUUGCCACCUCAAAAGAGAAUGAGAAGAAAGCCAAGAGCCUGGAGGCAGACCUCAUGCAACUUCAGGAGGACCUGGCAGCAGCUGAGAGAGCUCGCAAGCAAGCUGACCUGGAGAAGGAGGAGCUGGCUGAGGAGCUGGCCAGCAGCUUGUCAGGAAGGAAUACACUGCAGGAUGAGAAGCGUCGCCUGGAGGCAAGGAUUGCCCAGCUGGAGGAGGAGCUGGAGGAAGAGCAGGGCAACAUGGAGGCCAUGAGCGACAGGGUCCGCAAGGCCACCCUGCAGGCUGAGCAACUGAGCAAUGAGCUGGCCACAGAGCGCAGUGCAGCUCAGAAGAAUGAGAGUGCACGGCAACAGCUGGAACGUCAGAACAAGGAACUCCGCAGCAAGUUGCAGGAGGUAGAGGGUGCUGUCAAAGCCAAGCUCAAGUCCACUGUUGCGGCUCUAGAGGCUAAGAUUGCACAGCUGGAAGAGCAAGUUGAACAGGAGGCCAGAGAGAAACAGGCAGCCACCAAGUCGCUGAAGCAAAAGGACAAGAAGCUGAAGGAGGUCCUGCUGCAGGUGGAGGAUGAGCGCAAGAUGGCAGAGCAGUACAAGGAGCAGGCAGAGAAAGGAAAUACCAAAGUCAAGCAGCUCAAGAGGCAGCUGGAAGAGGCAGAGGAGGAGUCUCAGCGCAUCAAUGCCAACCGCAGGAAGCUGCAGAGGGAGCUUGAUGAGGCCACUGAGAGCAAUGAGGCCAUGGGCCGCGAGGUGAAUGCCCUCAAGAGCAAGCUCAGGAGAGGAAACGAGGCCUCGUUUGUUCCUUCCAGAAGGGCUGGAGGCCGUAGAGUUAUUGAAAACACAGAUGGUUCUGAAGAGGAAAUGGACGCUCGGGACUCAGACUUCAAUGGAACCAAAGCCAGUGACUAAAUUCAGAAUUGUACACCAUGGCAGGGAAAACAACCCAGCAGAACCCAGCAGACUGCUUAGCAUUUGUCUCAUUUGUUCUCAAGUCG